GCCACUGUGGAAACUGAAGAACUGGAGAGGAUGGUACAGAGGUUCAGAGGCACACUGUGAUGGUGGGAGCCAUUCCACGGCAGCCACGUCGCUUCUAGGGGAUGCCUGGCUGGGAGGUGUUUUCAGCUAUUUUUGCCAACGACCGCACGCUGCAGGACAGGGAAGUUAAUCUGGAGCAAAGCAAAGUUCUGCUGCAGAGUGAUGCUGUGCUGCAGUGCACCCUGUAGUAGAGGGCUCACCCAAACGUCCUGAACAAGGCAGGGGUCCAGCUCCCACCCCCUGUUCUUGCACCCUGACCUGUGGCACUUUACAGUCCCCCUCCUGCUGCAGCUGCAUGGGCUGUUCUGACUCCGGCUCUGCUCGGAGUCCAGGCAAAUAAGGCUUCAUGCGGCACAUCCACGCAGAGACGUCCCUGCCCCCGGAGCACAGCACGGACCCCAGCCUGUCCCGGCCCAGUGGAGAGGCACCCUUGGAGCCUUCCUCGCAGUGCUGCACCCACCGCAGCAUCCUCAUGGGGUACAAUGAGACAGAGAUCACGCGCCAGAAGGUUUACCAGGUCUCCAUCUUCUCCCAUCUCUCCAGCUCCUCUGAGAACAUGGAGCAGCGGGCAGGCAGCCGGCCAGCUGUCAAGAGGGCUUACCCUGAGCAGCGAACUCCAGAGGCAGGGCGAGAUCCCAAACGAACUCACUGGGGUAGUGGGGUGGUGGAUGGCAAGCACGACGGGAGCCCUGGGCAGGCUUCCUUGGAUGAUGAUGAUGAUGAUGACACCUUUGAGGAUGGUCUGCUGGUGGAGGAGCUAUCCCUGAGCGGCUCUGCCCAGCACUUCUCCCACAGUGGGCUGCGGGUGGUGGAACACCGGUGUGAGGGCAGCCCUAGCCAGACCCCCAAGGCCAGCAAAGAGGACAAGCUGCAGGAUGUCUCCUCCUCCUCCCGGCCCCAGCACAUUGCUUGCAGUACUUUGCACAUGAGAGAUAGUUGCUCUGUCUCAUCGGGGGAUCAGCCCAUAGACUAUGGGGAGAAUGGGGAGCAGGCAAGUGGCUACAACUUACUACCCUUUGAUUUGCACAAUAUUGCACAAACAGCCCAGCUGGGCUCUGGUGGGAAGAGAGAGAAGCCAGGAAGCAGCCCAGCUCACAGCAGCUGGUCUAGCAGAGAAGAGGAAUGGCCAGUGGUGGCCAACAGGUGCAAGAAUUCCCCAACUCUGCAGACAGCGCUCAGCUCUGCGCCCAGCAACCUGAGCUUACCAGGAAAGACACCCUGCAGGAGCAGCCAGCUCAGCAGCAGCAGCUGCACAGCCAAAAAGAAGCUGCUGUCCACUGGCGAGGCUGUGGCUGCCUCCUGCUCUGAGGAUAAGAGUCUGUCCCCGCUGGCCAAGAAGAAGAGGGUCCUGCCUUGCCAUCCAGUGCCCACGACCUGCCGCAGCACUGAUGCCAAAGGGGCCCCUUUCUGGAAUCACCUGCUUCCUGCAGCCAAGAGCUCUGUGGAUUGCGGUGCGAUCAGGAAGAGGCUGAAGAGCGGGCUGUGCCUCAAAUUGGAACACCUCCGCAACAGCCUCCAGAGGGGCACCAGGUGGUCUGCAGCACCCUGGGCCACCACCACUGUUAGCCAUGCUCUGCUGGGCAACUUUGAGGAAUCCAUCCUGAAAGGCCGCUUUGCACCAUCGGGGAGGAUUGAGGGGUUCACGGCAGAGAUCGGCGCCAGUGGCUCCUACUGCCCCCAGCACGCCACCCUGCCCGUUGACGUCACCUACUUUGACAUCUCCGAACACAGCGCGCCCUCGCCCUUCCUGGUGCGUGGACAAGGGAGGGCUGGGACUGUGGGGGAGGGAGUGAUUGACUUGGAGGCCUUGGGAAAGAAGGGUUAUAAUGUCCCCAAAGCUGGAACCAUCCAAGUGACCUUAUUUAACCCCAACAAGACUGUGGUGAAGAUGUUCUUGGUGACGUACGACUUCCAGGACAUGCCAGCCAACCACAUGACCUUCUUACGCCAUCGUAUCUUCCUGGUGCCUGUGGGGGAGGAGGAAUGGGCAACCACAGCCCCCAGCAACCCACCGGGCACUGGCCCACCCCGCAGGGUCCUCUGCUACCUGAUGCACCUAAGGUUUCACAGCUCCAAGUCAGGGAAGAUCUACCUUCACAACGACAUCCGGCUGCUUUUCUCUCGCAAGUCAAUUGAGGUUGACUCGGGGAUCCCCUAUGAACUGAAAUCCUUCACAGAGAUGCCGAGAAACCCCUGUUACUCGCCCUGGGCCUGACCACCUCCAUCCCCGAGGGCCACCGUGCAGCCUCCAGCCCAGCACGUUGGGGAGAGAUGAGUAAAGGGCCAGCAAGCAAGCACCACGUUGAAGUAUUGCCCUCCCCACGUGCCCCUGCCCUCCUGAGCAGCACCAUUACUGUCCCUGUGCCCUGCAGCAGGGCUGGGAUCACCGAGGGGGCUUCACCAGGAGGGGAAGGGCCUGGGGAUGAGCCCUAGCCCUCCAGAGACAUGUCCAAGUGUUCUGCCAGUGCUGCUUGCAGCUUGGAGACUUGGCUGUUGCUGGUGGGGGGGGGCAAGAGUUGGGCCUGGGGCUCCAGGUGAGGCUGCCCAUUGCUGAUCCCAGGGUUGGGAGCAGAAAGUGCAGAAGAGUUUGUAUUUAUUAGUAUUUAUUGUUGCUGGAAGCACAGAGGAGUGGAGGUGCUGUGCUGUUUUUUCCCCCACCCUGUCGGUGCCAGAUGAGGCCCGGGGCUGUGUGGGGCUGCCCGCGUUGGGGCAAGGCUGUGGGGACCACAAGGGUAACUGGGGCUGGGGCUGCUUUGGCCUCGGGGAGAGAGGGUGACCUACCUGUGAUCCAGUGUGGUCCGGUGCUGGAGGAUGGGCAGGAGCCCUAGUUUUGUCCCUGGGAAAGGGAGAAGCAGCAGAGGACAUGGAAUGGGAGCGGGGCUGGACCUUCACGGGGGGGCUUGAAGGUGAUCUGGAGGAGUCCCUAUCCCUGCUGCAGCCUUGAGAGCUACGGGCCAAGGCCAGGGUGGGUCAGAAAGGUGAGGGGCAGGAGGCAAGGGAAAAAUGAGCUUGCUCGACCCUUGUCCGCAUCACCCCUAUGAUCUGGGGUCUCCGCUAGGCUCCUAGUGCCAGGUUGAGCUCUGGGGAGCUCCAGCCCCUCUGCCUAAGGUGGAGGAAGAGAGGCAUGGGU